AUGAAGCGCCUCUCUCGCCGCGUGACUGCCCGCGCCGCGUCGCACAUCGCCGCCAACCACGGAGGUGGCGGAGUCGCUCUGUGGCAGCGCGCGCAGUCCGCGCUCGAGGCGGUGCUUCUGCCGUGCGACUUCCCGCACUCGGUCGGGCCGGGCUACCUGCGUUACGUCCAGUGGACCUCGAUCGGGCUCGUCACGGGCAAGGUCGAGUCGAUCCUCGCGACGCAGGCGGCGCUCUUUGCGGUGGGCGUCGGCGCCGGGGCGGUGCCGAUGGCGGCGGCGAUCCAGUGGGUGCUCAAGGAUGGAGUCGGCCAUGCGGCGGCGAUCGGCUACGCCACCGUCGUCAACACGCGUUUCGACGCCGACGCCCGCCGGUACCGCUUCCAAGCGACGGCGGGCCACACCGCCGCCGACCUGGUCGCUUGCACGAUGCCUCUCGCCCCGAAGACUGUCGCGCUGGUCGGCCUCGAGGUGCCCUCCUUCCUCCUCCUCGGCUCGCUCUCCUCCGCCAUCUCCUCGGUCGCCGGCGUCGCGCAGGCGGUGGCGCGCGCUCGCAUCAUGGCGUCCUUUGCGCGGCAAGGCAACCUCGCCGACUGCACGCGCGCGGGCCAGUCACAGGCGAAGCUCAUGUCGCUUGUCGGCACCGCAGCCGGCAUCGGCCUCUCGUGGCUGGUCGGGCCGCAGCCCGCCCACGUCAUCGGGCUGAUGCUGCCCCUCUCCCUCGUCUCUCUCUACUCGGUGUACCGCUCGGUGAGGUGGCACGGCGAGGGCUGCUACGCGCUGGCGGAGCGCAGGCGCGGCGGCACCGCGCCGCACGAGGCCGCGGGUCGGCCUGAGGAGGUGCUGGUGUGGUACGCGGAGGGCGCGUCGUCGCGCGACAAGCUGGAGGCUGCCGUUGUGUGGGUGUACGCUCAGUCAGAAAACAGCGCUGUGUCGGUCGCCUCCCUCCUCGUGCCCGUCUGCGCGACGAUGGCGAUCGUCGCCUACCUGCUCAAGACGGUCGAUGCCGUCGAGCGAAGCAUGGACGAGAAGCUUCCCGAAAUCCUCCCGUACGUGCUGGACGCAGACUUGCUGUCGAUCGCCACGCUUCACCGCACGCGGCGCGUCGCGCGCGUGUGGAAGUCGCAGGCCGAGUUCAUGCUCGCCGGUCUUCCGUCCGUUGUUGUCCUGGGCGGUGGCUCCUUCGGUUCGGGGUACGCAGCCGUGUCCACAUACCGCUCGGUGGAGGCGCUCGAUCUUUCCCGCAUGGCAUUCGUGUCGAUGCCUCCGAUGAAGUCGGCGCGUACCGAUUUCUCCGCGGCAGUGACUAAGGACGCGUCGGGCGCGACAAAGAUCGUCGUGCUCGGUGGCGUCCACCGCCGCCCUACACAAGUGGCAACGCCAUGGUGCGAUGGCCCCAAGGCGGAGCUCAUGAAUGGCGUCGAGGCCUUCGACCCGGCCACGGCGGAUUGGGAGUGCCUGCCGCCACUCCCCCUGUCCCUCGCCGGCGCGGUCGCUGUGGCCCCCGACGGUGGCCGCGGUGAGCUCCUAGUCUUCGGCGGCGGCCGCAAGAGCAAGCCGGGCGAGACGUUCGUCGUGCCGGAGGGGGCGCCGGCGUUGAACCAGCACCUUCGCACCUACCUCAGCGGUGGCCCGUACGCCAUGCUGCAGACGGCGAUGACACAGACAGCGCACGACGGCUCGAUGGCACUGCCGACGGGCGGCGGCGACCUCAAGUGGCGUCCCUCGGACCGCACCUUUGCCCUCAAGACACGUCCGGGCGAGUCGACACCGAGGUGGGAGGAGCGCGCGCCGUUCCCCCCGUUCGACCGCGAGUGGAUGGGCGGCAUCACCCAGCCUGGCGUCGUCGGCGUGCGCGGCGGCGCUGUCGUCGCGGUCGGCGACGAGAUCGUGCGCGUGGGCGAGUACAACUAUUUGUCCAUACCAAGCGAGAUAUUCUCCAACCAGGUGAGCGUGUAUCGCGCGGCCUCCGACGAGUGGCUGCCGGUCGAGAUCACGACCGCGCCCCCCGCCCACCCCGGCGCCAAUGUGCACGGUGCCCGGGGUGUGGUGGCGCUCGGUGCGUCAGACGGCCACUUGGCCGUCCUCGGCGGCAAGACCGACUUCUCAGCGGUGGGGCGCAACGUGACGGCGGUGCGCUCGCUCGUCGUCACGGUGUCGCCAAGCGAGGGCGGCGCGACGGCGCAGUGGGCUGACCGCGCGAUGCUGCCGCCGCUGCCGGUUGCCCUCGACGGUUUCGGCUGCUGCGCCGUCGGCCGCACGAUCUUCGUCGCCGGCGGUGCGACGCGGGAGAUCCACCCGUUGCACCCGAUGAUACAUCGCGACAUGCCGUCGGACAGCGCGUUCAUGCUCGACAUCGACACCAACAAGUGGAUCAAGCUACCCACGAGCUUGCGCCUCGAACGCCACGAACCGUGCCUCGUGACCGCGCGCGUGCUCACACCCGCCGUGCGUGCGUUCGGCGAGCGCGCCAAACAGGGCCAAGAGGACGACGCCGUCAAGGAGGACUUCCACCGCGCCGAGAUGGGCGCGCAGGUUGGCUGCACCAUCGCAUGA